AUGAAGUCCCUCAUCUUCCUGUUGGCUCUCGCCCUUGUGGGGAGUGAUCAUGUCAGUAAAUAUGAUCCCAGCUUCUCCGAAAACAGCCUUCACAUCUACAGGUAUGAAGGUGUGAUUCUGUCUGGACUGCCCGAGAGAGGAUUGAACCAAGCUGGAGUUAGGCUGAUCUGCAAAGUGAAAAUCAGGGGCGUUGGACAAAGACAAUACCUGCUGCAGAUUGAAGAACCCCGCAUCCAAGAACUCAAUGGAAUUUGGCCAAAGGACCCGUUCACUUCCGCCAAGAAGCUGACGGAACGAUUGGCUCCACUCUUGACCAAAGCCGUGAAGUUCGAGUACAUCAAUGGACGUGUGGGGACCAUCUUUGUCCCGGCCAACCUGCCUGAAGACAUCCUCAACAUCCACAGAGGGAUCCUCAACAUCUUCCAGAUCACCAUCAAGAAGGCUCAGUCUGCCUACGACCUGCAAGAGGCUGGGAUUGAAGGGAUCUGCCAUGCGAGAUACCUGGUCCAAGAAGACAAGAGGAAGGAACGUGUAACCAUCAUUAAGUCCAAGGACCUGAACAAUUGCCAGGAGAAGGUGGUGAAGCACACUGGCAUGGCCUACACACAACUCUGCCCCAGCUGCCAACUGAGAGGCAGGAAUAUCCGAGCCUCUGUGACCUUCACCCAUGUCCUGAAGCCCACUGCUGCCGGGGCCAUCCUGCAGGAAGCCAAGGUCCGGGAGGUGCAUCAGUUCACUCCCUUCCAUGAACUGGACGGUACAAUGCGCGUUGAGGCCAGACAGAGCCUGAUCUUGGAGCAGAUCACCACAGCAACCAUGAGUGAAGUGCCCGACUUCCAGAUCCAACGCACCCUUCAGUUCCGCAGUGACAGCAACGUUCUCCAGCAGCCCUUCACUCUCAUCCGUGACCAGAACAUCAUCCUUAAGGUGAAGGACACACUGAACCACAUUGCCCAACACAAUGUACAGACUAUCCACAGUGAUGCACCCUCUCGAUUCCUGGAGCUCAUUCAGCUCCUGCGAUCCGCGGAUCAUUCCAGCCUGGCUGAGAUUUGGAGACUGGUGAAGAGCCAGCCUGAGUUAAGGCGUUGGUUCAUUGAAGCACUUCCUGCCGUCGGGACGAUCGACUCCCUGAGAUGCCUCAAGAGCCGCAUGCAAGAAUCGGAGAUCAGUCGCAUGGAGAUCCUGCAGACUUUACUGCUGGCAAUGCACCAAGUCAAGACCGAUCGUCCAGUUAUGAACUUAGCCAUCGAGAUCAUCAACCUCAGUGCGAUCAAAGAAAUCCCGUUCCUGCGCAAGGCCACGCUCCUGGCGUACGGUUCCAUGGUCUUCCGAUUCUGUGCCGACAAGUCUACAUGCUCCGAUGAUGUGUUGAAGCCACUUCACAACCUGCUGGCUGAAGCCACCAGCCAACGUAACGAUGAGAACAUCGUGCUGGGCCUGAAAGCCAUCGGCAAUGCGGGGCAGCCCGGCAGCAUCAAGAGUAUCGUCAAACUGUUGCCGUCCUUCGGAACCGUCUCCACCAACCUCCCACUCAAGAUCCGUGUGGACGCCAUCAUGGCUCUGCGCAACAUCGUACACAAGGACCCCAAAACGGUACAACGCAUUGCUGUGCAAAUCUUCCUGAAUCGCAAGAACCACCCAGAGGAGCGGAUGAUGGCGUGUGCCGUGCUCUUCCUCACCAAGCCUCCACUCACCCUGGUCUCCAUGGUGGCCAACUCACUGCUGACUGAGACCAGCCUACAAGUGGCCAGCUUCACGCAUUCACACAUCAGAGCGCUAUCCAUGAGCUCCCUGCCCGGCAUCCACUCUCUGGCGACCUCCUGCAAUCUCGCCCUGAACAUCCUCAGCCCCAAGCUUGAGCAGUUGGGCAACCGAUUCAGCAAGGUUUACCGCAUGGACACCUUCAUGUACCGUGUGAUGGCAGGAAUAUCGGCGAAACUACUUAUGAUCAAGUCAUCCAGCACCGUCAUUCCAACAGUCUUGAUGGGCAAGAUCAAGGGUCAUGCUUUGGGUGGUGAGGUGGAUCUCAUUCAGGUUGGUUUGAGGGCUGAGGGUCUACAGGAAGUCAUCACAAAGUCUCGAUCAACAGACAUCAGGAUCACAGAGAACAGAUCCAUCCGUCGUAUCUUGAGCAAGAUUGUUAACUGGAAGGACUUCCCCGAGGAGGAAAUCCUGGGCUCAGCUUACGUCAGAGUGUUCGGACAGGAACUGGCCUUUGUCCAAAUCCGCAAAGACACCAUCGAUCAAAUUGGCCAGGUACGGAGUGACCAGUGGAGGAAUUACCUGCAGCAACUCAACAACGGCAUCAACUUCCAGCCCGCCAAGGCCAUCAUGGCCGCCGAGGUUCGCCGUGUUGUUCCGACUGCCGUCGGUCUCCCUAUGGAACUCAACUUCAUCUCAACUGGUCUGGCUGUGGCCAAAGGAAGCAUUGAAGUCCGCUCUGAUCCUGCCAUUUCCCGACUUCCUCAGUUACUCACCUCCAAGAUUCAGCUGAAGGCUCGUCUGUCCCCAAGUGUGGCCAUUCACACCAGGGCCUUCAUGGGCAUCAACAUGCGUUACAUCCGCUCAGGAGUGUGUCUUCAGUUCAACGUCCGUUCAACCAUCCCCAUGGACAUAACCGCCAAGAUCAACCUGAAAGAGGGCAACUUCAGGAUCGACACCACUCCCGCUCAGAAGGAGAACAAGAUUGUCAGCAUUGAUUCUCAGGUUUAUGCCAUCUCAGCGAAUAUGGAGAACCUUUCCUCAGUGAGACGGGUGCCCAUCUUGCCUCGGUCGACAAGAAGGGACAUUUCCAGCCAAAGAUUCCAGUCGUCGGCUCAGUCAGGGAGAGUUCCAGAUGAGAGGAAUGUAGCACAGGUCGCCCCAGAAACCCUUGCUGACCAAAUCCCAUGCUCUGGAGAGGAUCAGCGUCCGAGGUUGCCCAACAAAGCUGCCUAUCGUGCGUGCAUGAGAGCGGACAAGAUCGGAGUGCAGGCUUGUAUUGAUGGAAGAAUGGAGAAUGCUCUUUCCAUCAAACACAUCCCACUGUACCGACUGAUUGGCCGAUACCAGCUGAAUAUCACCAUUAUCCCAGUCAGCUCAGGAGCAGACAUUGAGAAGAUUGUGCUGGAGAUACAGACUGGAGCCAAGUCUCUGACCAAGAUGAUAAAGCUGGAGGAUAAGGAGACAAGAAUGGAGCAAACUCCAUCUGUAAUGAGCUCAGAUAGACUGGGGAGGAUUCUGAUGAAGCAGGCUAAGCAUGAGGCGAUCCAUGGUACCCACCUGGCCAACCCUGCCCACCUGCCCAACCCUGCCCACCUGCCCAACCCUGCCCACAUGACCAACCCUGCCCACAUGACCAACCCUGCCCACCUGCCCAACCCUGCCCACCUGCCCAACCCUGCCCACAUGACCAACCCUGCCCACCUGCCCAACCCUGCCCACAUGACCAACCCUGCCCACCUGCCGAACCCUGCCCACCUGCCCAACCCUGCCCACAUGACCAACCCUGCCCACCUGCCCAACCCUGACAACCCCACCAACCCUGCCCACCUGCCCAACCCUGACAACCCCACCAACCCUGCCCACCUGCCCAACCCUGCCCACCUGCCCAACCCUGCCCACCUGACCAACCCUGACAACCCCACCAACCCUGCCCACCUGCCCAACCCUGCCCACCUGACCAACCCUGCCCACAUGCCCAACCCUGCCCACAUGACCAACCCUGCCCACAUGACCAACCCUGACAACCCCACCAACCCUGCCCACCUGACCAACCCUGCCCACCUGACCAACCCUGCCCACCUGCCCAACCCUGACAACCCCACAAACCCUGCCCACCUAACCAACCCUGACAACCCCACCAACCCUGACAACCUCACCAACCCUGCCAACCCUGCCCACCUGCCCAACCCUGCCCACAUGACCAACCCUGCCCACCUGACCAACCCUGACAACCCCACCAACCCUGCCCACCCGACCAACCCUGCCCACCCCACCAACCCUGCCCACAUGACCAACCCUGCCCACCUGCCCAACCCUGCCCACCUGACCAACCCUGCCCACAUGACCAACCCUGCCCACCCGACCAACCCUGCCCACCCCACCAACCCUGCCCACAUGACCAACCCUGCCCACCUGCCCAACCCUGCCCACCUGACCAACCCUGCCCACAUGACCAACCCUGCCCACCUGCCCAACCCUGUCCACCUGACCAACCCUGCCCACAUGACCAACCCUGCCCACCUGCCCAACCCUGCCCACCUGCCCAACCCUGCCCACCAGCCCAACCCUGCCCACCUGACCAACCCUGACAACCCCACCAACCCUGCCCACAUGACCAACCCUGCCCACCUGACCAACCCUGCCCACCUGACCAACCCUGCCCACCUCACACAUGGUGAAUCCACAGCCAGCAGGCGGUCAAUCCAAGUCAGCCGCUCGACAUCUCAACGCUCCAGCUCUCGUCUCAUCAGCAAACUCAGGCACUCGUCUAGAGGCACGUCUAGUCGCAGUUCCUCCAUCCUCCGCUCAUCCACUCAGCGUUACUUGGUGGGCAAAGCUGGAACUCCAUUACUGGUCGUGCUUCUCCGGGUGAGACGUACGGAUGGAAUACAACAAGGUUAUCAGCUGACGGGAUACGGCAAGAUAUCAUCACAGAUUCCUAGGGUGCACGUACGCCUGGUGGACCUGGAGCCCAAGAACAACUGGAAGAUCUGUGCUGAUGCAUUACUACCCCGAUCCCACAAACUCUUGACGUUGACAAGAUGGGGUGAAAACUGUGAGAAAUACCGCGUUGCAGUUACAGUCUCCACUGGUCAACUUGCAAGUCACCCAGCUACAAAAGUCAAGAUGCAGUGGUCUAGAAUCAACGAGAACUUGAAAUAUGGUGGCAGAAUGGUUGGCGACUACCUCCCAGGACUGGCCUAUUCACUGGGAUUAUCACAGAGCUACAAACUUAAUCGUGACCGCCAGAUUACUGUGAUGGUCGCACUAACCUCCCCACGAACCAUCGACACAAUAAUCCGCUUGCCCAAGAUGACAGCGUUCUAUCAGGGUCUCCGUAUCCCCACAUCCCUGCCAGUCCAUGCUGUCAGCAAACGUUUACAGGAGGAAGGAUUCCACAGCAUCGCCGAACUCUCAGAGACCUUCCUCACAAUGAACCAACGAGAAUGCGUUGUUGUAAACGAUACAGUUUGGUCAUUUGACGGGAACAAAUUCAACCACAGUCUUUCCAACGAUUGCUACUAUGUCCUGACCCAAGACUGCUCCGAUAGUCCGAAGUUUAUGCUGUUGAUGAAGCGUGCACAAACCGAUAAGAUGAAGAAGUCCAUCAAACUGAUUGUGUCCGUGAAAAACUUGACCAUUGAGGCAGUUCCUUCUUCAGACCGAAUGAUAGUAUUGGUGAAUGGAAUCAAACAGUCUGCAGGGAAACCAAUUCUACCAGCUGGUGUAGAAGUUGUACAAAACUUAACUGGAAUCACUCUGCGGAUCCCGUCUGUGAACAUCGAGAAGUUGUACUUUGAUGGAGAACGUGUCCAGAUUGUCGUGGACCAGAUGAUGAGCAAGACGUGUGGCAUCUGUGGCCUUAACAACGAUGAGAAGAAAAUGAUGAUGCCCAGCCGGGAGGUCGCCGAGGACCAGGACCGUCUCUUUGAGUCCUGGUUGUGUUCGGGAACGUCGUGCAAGGAUGAUUGCAAAGUAAGGCAGGAGUUUGUGGAACUAGGAACUGUGGUGGAGUUUGAAGGACAGGCAUCCAGAUGCUAUUCUGUAGAACCAGUACAACGGUGCCUGGCAGAAUGUACACCCAUGGAAACACGAUCUCGCCGUGCCCGCUUCCACUGCUUGGCAGCCAAUUACACAGUGACUGACAUGAGUCUCUUUAACAAGAAGUCAGAGGACAUGCGUCGAUCUGUCGACUCCCACACUGACUGCAUGUGUCGCUGUUCCCAAUGAUCAAGAUAAACGGCAACCUUCACACCUGCUGCAUCAGCAACCUUGGAAUAUUACAAUGCUUUGCAAAUUCUGACCAUGUAGAAAAGUAAAUUCAACAUCUUGAAUUGUUCUUUCAAAAACAUUAAUAAAGAUUUUUACAGCAUCCAAAAAA